CUUCCUCCUCCCAUCGUGUCCAGCUGAACAAACAGCUCUUCAACGCGCGAGUACAGCGUAUAUACGAGGGAUGGCGUAGCGCGGGACAAGACGAAGACUACGCCUCUGUCGCAGACACCGACGCUCUAUUGCUGGUCGCUGGCGAUCCUGCUCCAGAAGACGAACCUACGCGGAAGGGAACUUCGGUCCAGCAAUGGCUUCUUGGUUACGAGUUUCCAUCGACAUUGAUUCUGUUUGACGAGACGAAAAUCACUAUCCUGUGCUCGGCCUCCAAAGCCAAGAUUCUAUCGCAGGUUGAAGGGUCAUCUGGGAAGAUUCCCGUGGAGAUUCUGGCGCAGGCCAAGGGGAAAGAGCCCGCCAAUGAUUCAAUGUCCCGUUUCCUCGACUUGUAUACGUCCAAGCGGCGCGUCGGAUCCCUCCCCAAAGAGGAAUACACAGGCAAACUUAUCGAUGAGUGGAAGAAGUUGGUCAAUGGGGCACCUGCGAAACCUGAAAUUGUGGAUAUGGGGCCUGCACUGUCUGCUUUCAUGGCCGUGAAAGACGCCGAAGAAUUGAAAUGCAUGCAGCUCGCUGGGGCUUUGACGAGCACACUUCUCAAAUACUAUGUGGCUGACAAGCUUGAGUCUAUCUUGGACAAAGAAUCGAAGGUCACACACUCAACGCUCGGGGCGCUCAUCGAGGCUCGUCUGGGUUCUGGAGAGGGCGACAGUGCGAAGCCUCCAGACUCGAGAGUCUGGAGUCGGGGCAAGGGUUUGAGUGAUAUUGAUUGGUCUUUGGUGGAGUUUUGCUACCCGCCCAUCAUCAUAUCUCGCUCAUCCCGCACUGGAUACGAUCUUCGAUACACUGCCGAGUCAAGCGACGACAACAUCUCGCACAAAGGAGUCCUUCUUGUCGCAUUUGGGCUGCGAUACAAAUCCUAUUGUGCCAACGUGGGACGAACAUUCAUCGUCGACCCCACGCCUGAACAAGAAAAACAGUACAGCCUGCUUCUCUCUCUACAGCAAGAGUUACUCCAGAAGAUCAAGCACGGUGUAACUACUCGCGACGUCUAUAACCUUGCACUCUCAUACGUCAAAGAACACAAUCCAGAACUGGAAAAGAACUUCCAGAAGAACAUCGGCUUUGGGAUGGGCAUCGAAUUCCGAGACUCUGCUUACUUGCUAGCUAGCAAGACGAAUCGUCCAUUGAAGGAGAGCAUGGUUUUAAAUCUGAGCUUGGGGUUGGCUGAACUGGUCGAUAACAGUGGGAAAAAAUAUGCGUUACAAUUGGUCGACACCAUCAAGAUUGGGCGAAACGAGUCCAAUCUGCUCACUGAUGGAACACGCUCGAUCAAAGACACAAUGUUUUUCCUGACUCCCGAAGAGGAGGAGAAGCCGAAAAAGAAGCCUCCCGUAGCACCUCGGCCGAAGGGCUCUCCGCAGAAGAAGACCGUCGCUGGCAAGGUGCUCCGUAAUCAGACCCGUCGAACGCAAGAUGAGGUCCAUCAGACCGCUGCAGCCAAGCUGGCAGAGCACCAGCGAGAACUGCACGCUGCGUUGCAGAAUGCCGGGAUCGAUAAAUUCUCUGAAGAAGGGGAAGGGAAAGAAGGCAAGGAGGGCAAGGGGUGGAAGAAAUUCCAAAGUUACAAGGGCGAGGGUGGUCUUCCCAACGAAGUCGAGCGAUUGAGGAUUCACGUCGAUCGCAAGGCGCAGACAGUCAUACUUCCUAUCAACGGCUUUGCUGUUCCGUUCCACAUAAAUACGAUAAAAAACGCCAGCAAGAACGAUGAGGGCGAUUUGACUUACCUGCGCAUCAACUUCCAAACUCCUGGCCAGCUUGCGGGCAAGAAGGAGGACACACCUUUCGAAGAUCCCGAUUCCAACUUCAUUCGUUCCGUUGUUUUCCGUUCUCCAGACGGACAUCGGUUUGACAACAUCUGCAAGCAAAUCACCGAGCUGAAGAAAGAGAUGAACAAACGCGAGCAGCAGAAGAAGGAAAUGGCGGACGUUGUGGAGCAAGGCAAUUUGAAUGAAGUUAAGGGCCGACGCCCAUACAAGUUGCCCGACUCAUUUAUCCGACCUGCGCUCGACGGCAAGCGGCUGGCGGGUGAAGUGGAAAUUCACCAGAACGGUGUGCGAUACCAGUCUCCGAAUGGACAGAAAGUCGAUGUCUUGUUCAGCAACGUCAGGCAUCUCUUCUUCCAGCCUUGUGACUUCGAACUGUUGGCGAUUGUCCACUUGCAUCUCAAGGCACCCAUCAUGAUUGGCAAGAAAAAGACGCUCGAUAUACAAUUUGUCCGUGAAGCGACUGACGCACAAUUCGAUGAAACGGGAAACCGAAAGCGCAAGCACCGAUACGGAGACGAAGACGAGAUCGAGCAGGAGCACCACGAGCGAAAGCGUCGGCAGCAAUUAAACAAAGAGAUUGAGGCGUUUGCGCAGAAAAUCUCCGAUGCAGCAUCGGCAUCUACCGGGGAAACGCUCGAUGUCGAUGUUCCGUUCCGCGAUCUCUCGUUUGAAGGCGUUCCUUUCCGACAGGCAGUGCGGUUACAGCCGACAACUGAAUGCUUGGUGCACCUGACCGACCCACCGUUCUUGGUGGUGACACUCUCCGAAAUUGAAUUGGCAUCCCUGGAACGUGUCCAGUUCAGUCUCAAACAGUUCGAUAUCUGCUUCAUCUUCAAAGACUUUUCGAAGGCGCCUCUCCAUAUCAAUUCUGUGCAGAGCACUCAGAUGGACGAUGUACGGAACUGGCUCGAGUCAGUGGCCGGAUAUCUUGCACGUGGCCCGGCUGACACACAUUCACAGUUCCGUUGACAUUGCCAUGACCGAGAGUCCAGUGAAUUUGAAUUGGGGACCCAUCAUGAAGACAAUCAACGAUAGCCCGCAUGACUUCUUCCGGGAUGGUGGAUGGUCGUUCCUGGGACGCGGAAACGGAGCUGAUGUGAGGUCAGGUCUUGCGCAGUUGACUGUGUCUGAUGAUGAAAUCAGAGCGACCACUCUGACGAUCAAUCGGAGUCCGAGUCGGAGUUCGAGGCCGACUCGGAUGAGAUGCAAGCCGAGAGCAGCGAUGACGGUAGCGGUUACUCGGACAACAGCAACGAGAGCGGCUCAGACUUUGGCGACGACUCUGACGAUGCCAGCGACGAUGGGGAUGACUGGGACGAACUCGAGCGCAAGGCCGCCAAGUCUGAUCAAAAGCGUGCCGAUGAAAAGAGACGGCAGGGCUCGGACGACGAGGACGAGGACCUUCCGAAGAAGAAGAAGGCGAACGGGAAAUCGAACGACAAGCCUUCGAAGAAGAAGACGUCUAAGCAUUGAUCUCUUUAUCAUCUGGCGCAUUUAUCUGUACUUUGUAGUUUGUAAUCUAGACUUUCCUAAUGCAGCGUUCUGGCGUAGAAGACGUGUCAAACUUCCAUCAGCACAGCUUGGGCACAGCAUUGGCACUCUCCGACACCACGACAUGGUCGCAAUUGUCCCAGACCUGGAGUCUCUCGUGACUCCGUUUGGGUCUGCCACACGCACUAAGCGAGGGUUCUGUCCCGUCACCAAGAUAAGACAUCAAGCGGAGCCUCUAGAGAGCCACUCGCUCUACUAUGAAGUACACGGCUCGGGGCCAGAGAAGCUCGUCUUCGUGAUGGGCCUCAACAGCUCUAGUUUCUCUUGGCUGAGCCAAGUCCAGCAUUUCGGAAGUCUUUCCGAUUACACUGUCCUUGUAUUCGAUAACAGAGGCGUUGGGCAUUCAGGGACACCGCGCGGUCCGUACAGUACGAGCGGGAUGGCCGAAGAUAUCAUCGUUCUCUUGGACUACUUAUCGUGGACCGGUAAACGCGACAUACAUGUCGUCGGUGUGUCUUUGGGCGGGAUGAUUGUGCAAGAGUUGGCUACUCGUAUUCCUGAUCGGAUCGCAUCUCUCGUUCUCGCUGUGACGACCCCCGGAGGGUAUUUCUGGAACAACUUCUCUCCUUGGAAGGGCACCCGGUCCUUGGCGAAGUCGGUUUCUCACUCCCUCGGAAUCCUCGCCGCAUUGUGCUCAAAUCUUGCCUGUCCUGCAGACUUACAUUCACGGCCGAUGUGGAAGACAAGAUCCCUAUUAUCCUGGACAUGGUCUAUCCUGCGGGAUGGCUCGAUGAACCUGUAGAGGGCGGGGAGCCCGGCCAAACCAAUCGCGAAGAACAAAUCCUGGUGGAUACGUCCCAUGCGGAUCCCUUCCUCAGCUGACUCCCGAGCGCCAGGUCUAUCGCCGACGAAUUGAGCUGACGCCCAAACAGCAUUUGACGGGUGUUUUCUCGCAAAUGGCGGCUGCGCUCACGCACCACGUCAGCCCCGAGGUAUGACCGCCUCUCUGCGUUCUCUUUGUCUCAUUUCACGCAACAUCAUCAGCGCCUGCGCUUCAUUU